AUGUCCGAAACAGGAGGGGAUGAGCGCAGUGCAGAGGAUCACUCUGGAUUCCACGUCGUCCUUGGAAACGAGGCUUGUGAUGUCGACUCCAUGGUCUCCACUCUCUCCUUUGCUUACUUCCUGUUUAAGACGUCCGGCUCGGCCGGGAGGACUCCGGUGCCCGUGCUGAACAUCCCGCGGGCGGACUUCCCGCUGCGGACGGACAGCGUGUUCCUGCUCCGGGAGAGCGGGCUGGCGCAGCAGGACCUGGUGUUCCGGGACGAGGUGGACCUCCCGCGGCUGCACCGCGCCGGGCGGCUGGCCCUCACCCUGGUGGACCACAACGUGCUGCCCAGUACUGACAGUGACCUGGAGGGGGCAGUAGUGGAGGUGAUUGACCACCACCUCCAGGAGAGGGUGCCCUCCCCCUCUUGCCCCGUAACCAUAGAGACCGUGGGCUCCUGUGCCACCCUGGUCGCCGAACGCAUCGUGCAGAAGGCUCCGGAAAUUGUGGACGGACAGGUGGCCCUGCUUCUCUACGGCUCCAUAAUCCUGGACUGUGUGAACAUGGCGGGGAAGGUGACGCCCAAGGAUAGCCAGUUCGCCCGCCUGCUGGAGUCCCUCUGCCCCGCCCUGCCGCCCCGCACCCCCCUCUUCCAGGCCCUGCACAGCGCCAAGCUCGACAUCUCCGGUACCAGCUCAACCUCCUGCAUCAGGGGCUGUCUCUCCGGGCAGUGCGUACAUCAGACGGAAGUCUACGUCUCCGCCGAAUUCGUAAAGGCCAUAAAUCCAAACGGGCUGACUGUGGAGUGUCAGAUAAGUGCGCUAACGAGAAGCUCGGGAAUCGGAGAGGUUGGAGAGUUUGCGUCCCUGACAGAGUUCACGGCCGGAAGGCCGGCCUCCACCCUCACUGUACCGCGGAGAGUGACCGCCACGGGUCACGUCCCGACUGAUCAUUUUUGUGACCUGAAGACGGCCUUCCUCCUCUGGACCCUGUGUGUGUGGCUGCAGGUGAGUCGGGCCCUGGAGCAGGCCCAGACUCCCAGCCUCAGCCUGGCGCCCGUGAGCAGCCCGUACGCAGACGUGCGGGCCUACCUGCAGCGGAACACGCUCGCCUCGCGCAAGAAGCUCCUCCCCCUCCUCAAGGACUUCCUGCGGGACCGUGAGCUCCGGGAGGCCCGGAGGGGAGGGGCCGGGGACGGCGAGGACCUGCAGGAGGAGGAGGAGGAGGAGGAGGAGUGUGGGGGCUUGGUCCCGCCCACGCCCAUGCACAGCCUGGUGGAGGGCUGCCCAUUGGACAACGGUGUGCCGCGCAUCAGCGCCCAGGCCCUGCUGGAGAAGUUCAACAAGAUGGCCGCCUCCGCCGAGGGGGAGGGGGGGAGGAGACCCCGGGGGCACUCUGAUCCCGCCCCCAAUACCGUGCAAUACCACGCCCUCUUUUAUAACCGCUCAAACUCCGCCCCCUCUGAACCACCCAAUGGGAGAGCUCUGAUUGCAACCCCUCCCCCUGUUGACCCCUCCCCCUUUUUAUUGAAUGCCCUCCAGCAGCCCAUAAAUCGGCCAAUCGGUGGCCUCGGAUCUACCGCUCGCCCUCCUCUUGUAUGA